UCCCGGUCCGGGCCGCCGCGCGCGGUGGUGUCGGCUGUGGUGGCGGGGGCUGUCGGGGGGCGGGGGGAGGGUCCCCGCGGAGAGUCGAGCAGCCGCUCCCCUCGGCCGCACCGCCUGAGCCGCCAGCGCCUCGCGGCGGGUCGACCCCGUGCCGCGGCCGCGCGUGCAGAGCCCGAGGAUGUCCCGGCGGCACCGGGUGGACCUGGGGGAGGAUUACCCCUUCGGCAGGACGCGGGCGGGCGCCCAGGGACCUGGAUCAAACCCUUGCACCCCUGGUUGUCCAGAGACCAACCUGGGGCAACCCACCCGAACCCCCCAGAGGAGAUUCGGCUAUGACCCCACAGAGGUCUGAAGUCAGUCUGGAAGUUUCCCCAAGUAGCUUCUUCAUAUGCCCAGAUCCGCUGUGCCCUGACUUCUGACCUGCUCAAGUAAGAUGGAGUCGGUAUCCUUUGAGGAUGUGGCUGUGACCAUCACGCAGGCCGAGUGGGCUUUGCUGGACCCUGCGCAGAGACGCCUGUACAUAGACGUGAUGCUGGAGGCCUGCAGGCACCUGGCCUUCGUGGAGGGUUUUACUCGAGGAGAAGCCGUUGGUGCUCUUGGAGGUGUCUUGAAGAAUAAGUUGAUCAGUGAAGAUAGCACCAUGGGGUUCACGAGCAAUGAUUCCUGCAAUGGUUUUGGAGAGAAGCGGAUGUGCCCUGACACUGGUGACCAGCAGCACACGCAGAAGCGGCGGCAGACACGCCUCCUGCCAGACAGUCUCGGUAACGGUCAAGGAGCACCCUCGGGAGCUGGAGGAGCCCCGAGGCGGACUCGAAGCCUCCCUGCGCCCCAAAGUCCUGUUGCUGCUUCUUCUGCGGAAUGUUCUUCGCCCCAGCACUCCCUGGCACCUCCGCACGGCUCUCCUCCAGGUGACCUGGCUCAGGCUGCCCAGGGGACCCCCUCUCCCAGCUCGGGUACCCUCAGGCAAUGCCCUCGGCGGGGCGCUGACACCCAGAGCCCAACAUCCCACGAGUGCAAAGUGUGUGGGGAGACCUUCAGUGUCGCCAACCUGCUGACGCGUCACAUCAGGGAGCAACACGAGGAGACACCGUAUGUGUGUGAGCUCUGCGGGGAGGGCUUCUGCUUCCCCUCGUACCUGCAGGCUCACAUGGAGACCCACACUGACCUCGAGAAGCCCUUUAAGUGCCCCGAGUGCCCCCAGAGGUUCAGGAUCCCUUGUAAGCUGCGCACCCACGCUCUGGUGCACUUGGGGGUCAGACCUUUCGCCUGCGAGCAGUGCGGGAAAAGCUUCAGCAGUCGCUGGAAUCUGCGUCAGCACAGCCGGACCCACACGGGGGAGAGGCCGUACGACUGCCCCGAGUGUGGGAAGGCGUUCCGGGAUAGCGGAACAAGGUUCAAGCACAUGCGUGUGCACACAGGCGAGCGGCCCUACACGUGCCCACAGUGCGGGAAAGGUUUCCGCUUCUUAAACAAGCUCCAGGGCCACCUGGUGACACACACGACCCAGAGUCCCUUCCAGUGUCCCGAGUGCGGCAAGGCCUACCGCGACCGCUCCUACUUCUCUGGCCACCUGCAGACACACCAGGCGGCUCAGCACCUCACCUGCGGGGAGUGUGGCAGAGUCUUCAGCCACCCCCAGAUCUUCCGCCGGCAUGUCAGAGGGCAUCUCGAGGAGCAGCCGUUCGUGUGCCACUGCGGGCAGGGGUUUGACCGGGCUGCAGCCCUGCACAAACACAUCCGCUGGACCCACGCUGGGGAGAAGCGCUAAAUCCAUUUUCUGCCCUAUGCCAGGAUAGUCACCUGGUCUUCUACCAACCUAUGGGGAAAGAAACCUCGGGGAUGCAAGUGCGUGUGUGGUGCAACCCUGUGCUUCAAUUUCUUAUCCUCCUGAAACUCAGUGUAAAGCCAUUUCUUUCUUAAAUCAUGUUGGGGCUACAACUGAAGAUGCUCAGGAAUGACUUGAGGUUCUGCUCCCAGGAAUCACUCCUGGUGUUCAGGGGACCCUAUGGGAUGCCUGAAUUUAAUCUGGGUCAGCCACAUGUAAGGCCAGCGGUCUACCUGCUGUGCUACUGUGAUAGUCCCCCCGGAUACCGUAAUCUCGGCCGCUAUCAUUUGUGCCUUGUGGAGCCUCAUCAUAGGAGAGAGUCUAGUGGGGAAUUAUAUUCUAGUGACCUUAUGAUUCUUGUGUUUAUGUUUGUUUGGAGCUCACACCUGGUGCUGCUCAGGGCAGCUUCCUGGCUCUGCUCUCAAGGAUCAAUCCUGCGGCCUCAGGGGACCCUGAGCGAUGUCCCAGAUCCCACCCAGGUCAGCUGCUGCAUAGCCAGCGCCCUCCUCGUCUCUAUGGCUCCGGCUCUGAAAUUCUAUUUUAUUUUCGCUGCUGUGUGAUUUUCACGACUGUUUCAGGUAGGGUUUACAAGCAUCAAGUAUUUCAUAAAGUUUUUUUCUUUUUUUUUUUUUUUUUUUUGAUAGACACAGGUUGGUACUCAGGGCUUCCUCCUGGUCCUGCAGUUAGGGAUCAUUGCGCCGGUGCUUAGGGACCCUAUGGGGUGCUGCGUAUAGAACCCAGGUUGGCCACAUGCAAGCUGGGCUCCCUGCCCACUGUCUUAUUGCUCCAGCGACACUGAUGGAGGCAAAUCUGGCACUGACCACAGUGAGGAUGCCCGCGGUGCAGCCGACCAAAAGCAGCCCUGAGAUGCCAGGAUGAUGUUCUGCCAUGGGACCCGGACAAGGAGAAAUGCCAGCAGUGGAGGCAGACAGACGGUUGGUGGGGAUUGGUGUUGAUUCAACACCCUGAGUGCGAUCUCACAGAUCUGGGCUUCGAAGAACCUCGUUUUUCUUCUAUCACAAUCUUUGUUAAGUCAGAGUGUCACAUGAGCUUUGGUCACUGUGGUAAACAUUGGUGACUGGUCAAUUGGACAAUAAUCCUCUUAGCUGCUUAGACCUGUGCAUCUGCUUAACCUACUGUGUGAACAUUUAGAGACGUUAGUGACUCCACAAUAAAUGUCCUUUCUUAAA